AUGGAGCCAUCUAUCGCCGUCUUAAUUACCGGUGCCAACGGCGGCGUGGGCUUCGCCAGCUCCAGGGUAAUAGCGAGCUCGUCCGGCAGGUACCACGUCUUCGUGACAGCCCGCACGCUGGAAAAGGCCCAGGGCGCGGUGGAAAAGCUUAAAGCGACGGGCCAGCUUAGGGGUACCGUGUCGGCGCUGCAGCUCGACCAGACGGACCCGGCUUCGGUCGCUCGCGCAGCCGGGGCCGUCGAGGAGCGCUUCGGGCGCCUCGACGUCCUGGUCAACAACGGCGCCGUGGCCUACGUUAAGGACGACGAGGGCAACCUCGCCAUGGGCGCGGCCUCUUUCGAAAACGCCUUCAAGUCGGUUUUUGAGAUCAACGUCGUCGGACCCUUUACCGUCUCGCGUGUCUUUCGCCCGCUCCUCGACAAGUCGGCCGACCCGCGCUCCGUGUACAUUUCGAGCAUUGCCGGCUCCAUCGCCAAAACUCCUGAUAUGGCCGCGGCUUACGCCAGCUUUGGCCAAAGUGGCAUUCCUUACGCCGUCAGUAAAGCGGCGCUGAAUAUGGUCGGGGUUGUCGAAAAGGUCGUUCAUGCCGAGAGCAAAAUUAAAAUGUUUGCAAUGUGCCCAGGCUAUGUGGUAUCCAACCUGCGCGGCACGGGCGAGGACGCUCGGACCGGCUGGGGCGACGCCGGUAAUCCAGACGUGUCUGGCCGCACGCUUUUAAGCAUCAUCGAAGGGGCUAGGGACGAGGACGAGGGCAAGGGUAUUCUUCACAAAGAUGGUGUUUACCCCUGGUGA